CGAUUGCUCAAAGAAUUACGCGACAUUCCAGUUUCUAAAAGUAGUCUGCGUAAUAUGCCCUAGUUAUGCAAUGUUGGUUACAAAAUAGAAAUUAACAACCGAAAUUUAAAUUAAAGUUAUAAAUCCUAGUGAAAGUGCGAGAAAAGGGUUCACGCGACUCUGCGAGUCUUAAUGACACCUCAAACGAAAUCAGAAAGAAUAACAUCUUUUUGCACCGUCGAUUUGAAAAGACGGGAUCCGUUUGAGUCGCCGCAGGUUCCUCUCCUUAGCUGCCGCGCAUCGGAUGGAAAAAUAAAGGCGCGGCAUUACCGAGCAAUACACCUCGCGCGCAAUAUACCCAAGAAUAAUAAUAACCGGUCUCGCUCGACAAAAGAAAACAGUCCGCGCGCUUCAGCGCGGCUGCGCGAGAAAAACGGUCUCACAGCUCGCGCUCUUUCCCUCGACAUGACGUUAGCACGCAUGCAGCUACAAAAAACAGCCGAGAGACUAGUUCCGAGGGAAGCAGCGGGAUCUGUUCAGCAUGAGUCUCAUGGCUUUGGCUACAUCGCGCACUGGAGAACAGCCAUUGCAGCAGCGCGAGCAACCGAGCGCGCGUUCGCGACGACGAUGAUCCUCGCUCGUAUAUCCCGCAAACGUUGGCGGGAAAUUUAAAACCUGCACGCGCGCACGCGCCCUCUCUCUCCCUCCCGCGAGUGUAAAUAAAUACUCCAGCUCCCAGGGGAGAGGGAAGCAAUAAGAAGAAGGAGAAGAGCAAGAGAGCAGUAUUAUCAUUGAAAAAGCCGCCGCCGCCGCCGAGUCGCUGCUGCACCUAGCGCAAAACACGAGGACUUGCAGAGGAGAGCGGCGAAACAGGGUGGAAAGAGAGAAAGAGAGAGAGAGAGAGAGAGAGAGAGAGAGAAGGCUCGCAUAGCUUCAUCCUCGAGAACGCGAGGCGCGCAGCUCUCGGGAGCCACUCUGCUAAGUGUAUGCGAGAGAGGGUCCUGGGUCAGGUCGCGCACAAGCCUCGAGUCUCGUUUAAGAGCCUUUAAAGAGCUCCCAGCUCCCGAACAAAGGACCUCGCGAGCAGGCAGCGGAGAGAGGGCGCGUUGCCGUGGAGACCCAUGUCCAGGGCCGUGCCAUGGCCGGGGCGCUGUCCGAGAGUGCCCCCAGGCCUGUGAGCGUCGUCCGGGUCGAGGCAGAACCGGCUGCAGCGGCCGUCGAGAACGACCUGCCAGUCCAGCUAGAGACGGAGCCAGGGCCCGUCAGCCCGGAGGGCAGCAAUUCCAGCGAUGCAGUCGGCAAUGUCCAGCAGCAGCCGGUCAGGUCGUACGCCUCGACGGAGGCUCAGACCGAGCAGCUCUCGCCGAGCCUCCUCGGCUGUUCCGGGGCCCAGCACCAGCCGAGUCACGCGGAGCUGCUCUCGGAGGAGCUGCGUGACGCGAGGAGACGCGAACGCAGGAUGCGCCGCCAGCACCGACGAGCCAUACAGCGAGCGAACGGAGCUGCCGCGGCUGCGGCCGCCGCCGCCGCGGUGAACGGCGCGUGCGCGGCAGGCUUGCCCCCCACCUACCCGGGCCUCAUGGGCCCGGCCGCUGGAGCGCUCUCGACCUGCGCUGGAGCCGCGACUACGCUCCAGCCAUCGAGCGCCCUUGUCAACGCUGCUGCCAACGCUGCGGGGGUGCCCCUCGUGGGGCCCGGCCCGACCGUCGGCGGCUUCCUCCACCCGCCGCCGCCGCACCUGGGCCUCAGGGGCCUCAGCCUCGGACUACCUUUCCCCGUGCCCGCCAGCGUCUCCGCCUUUGGCAGGGACGCGGUGCCGAAGCAGUGCUGCGGCCUGGGCUCGCCGCCCGUGCGCUGGUCCAUCCUCGGGGUCGGCGUCGUGGGGCUCGUCUGCGCGGGAGCCGGGGCUCUGCUCGGCGCCCUUCGGGCAACCGGCCGAGACCACAUCGCCGUCGCUCUCCUCAUGAUCGGAAUCGGCGUGGUGCUGGUGACGGUGAGCGCGGUGGCCUGGCGGGUGACCAGCCGCGAGAACUGCGCCGGUUUCUUCGGCCUGGCCAGCAUCUCGGGCAGGAUUCCGCCCGCCCGACCGAUGCAUCCUUACGCUGCCAUGAUCUAUCCCGAGUUCCAGUUCAGGACUCCUCCGCCGAGCUAUCAGGCGAGCAUGCAGGAGUACCGGCUGCGUCUGCUGCUGCUGGACCGGCUGCAGCCCACGUCCUCGCCGCCGCCGACGUACCGUUCGAACGCCGGCAGCUGUGUAGCCGGUGCCCCCUCGGCUCUUCAUCAUCAGCCGCUGAACGGCAGCCUCGCCGCCGCCGCUGCCGCGGUUGCUGCGGUGCAUCACCACCAGUCGGCCAACGCGGUGACGACGAGCCGCGAGAGCCGACCUCCCAGCUACUGCGGACACCGCGCUGCCGUCGCGGCCGGCGCCGGCCCUCUGGGCAACGCCGGCCAGACCCAGCAGAGCUGCUCGCUUCUCGUGCCCUCCAAGAAGGAUGCGAACCUCGUCAGGAUCGUCCAGACCGAGAGCGAGCCCGUCAUACUCAGCGGCGACCAGACGCCGCCUGUUGCCGCCGUCGAGGUUCUCGCUCACCUUUAGUCAUUCUCUGUACUCACCAUGUGCUGCUGCUGCUAUAGUUUUUCCUUUCUCCGGUGAUACCUUCAUUCAAAUCAAGCAAACCUGUCAAUAAAGUCUAUGUCGAUAUGUUAUAGGUAUUCCAAGGAUUCCUUUUGACUUCGUCACUGUAAAUAUCUAGAGGACAUCAUUUUAUAUAUUUUUCUAUAAAUUUAUCAAAGUAUCUAGAUACUCCCAAUACUUUUUUAAAAACCGUGAUGCAUUUCCUUCUAUUUUGUGGGACUACAAGAGAGAAAAAUGAAGAACGCAUUGAGUUGACACUUCGACUGCGUUCGUCUCUAUUAGCGCAUUUCUUAUUCAUUAUUAUUAUUUUUAUUAUUAUUACUAUGAUUAUUAUUAUUAUUAUUAUUAUUAUUACUAGUACUACUACCACUACUAUUAUCAUUAUUAUUAUUCUUUGCACGCAUAAGAUUUUUGUCUUUCUGCUCAUCUUGAAAUUUCUUUUACUUUCGCUCCUUUGACGGCAUUUUCAAUAGUUCUCUAACGAAUCGUGCCAUACCGCAGAUAGCUUGAUACGCACAUAUUUUCAGUCAAGUACCCAUACGUUUCUCUUAAACUAUCUCCUUAGGAAAAUUAUGUUUAGAGAGACAAAAAUUAUCUUAGCAAGCUCGUGCAAGACCAAGUUUAUAACGUAUAAAUUAUAUAUGCGGAUGCGCAACGCAGCAAAUAAAUUUAAAAGAAAGCAUCACCUUGGUAGGACCUUCCAUAAGUGCAAUGUAUUUCCCUCUACUUAUUUAUGCCCCAACUAAUUUCGCCUCCUUAUUUGAUUUACAAGUAAUUGUUUGGCGCUACAAGAGUCGGCUCUUGCCAAGAAGAAUUCAUAUGAGUCCAGUUUGUAAUACUACUGCUAUACCGAAGAAGCUGUCGAAGGUAAAUUCAACGUCGUCUUAUAGUGUCAUCGUUGAUUUGACUUCAAACUUUGUAUUAUGGCAUAAAGUUUUUGCUAGUGCAGAAUUUAAAAAAACUGCUCUCUACGCUUAUUGUAAACGUAUGUGAAUUUUAAUUGGGAACCGAAUAUUCUUUUCUUUAUAUUCACUGUUCAACAACAAAUUGUGAGAUGAAAAUUUUAGACGCUUACAAAAUUAUACAGAUAUGAGUACACGCACUUACAUUAUUCUUGAAUACCUAAGUAGACUGAUAAAUUUAGUAUUGUUUUUCAUGCAUCAGUUACGAAGUCUUGAAUAAUUCAAUACAUAGAGUAGGAAAAAAAUGAAACACUAUAUUCUAUUCAGAGUUGACUAUUUUUCUCGUAGCCGUGUGUACAUGAAUUCGCAAUACUCCGUAGGAGUCGGUUGCGUAUGGAUAAAAAAAGAGCAGAUAAUGGUAGUUUCAAUAGAUAGAAAAAAAAGGGUGAAAUUUUUCAUUUCAAGUGUGAAUACAAAUGAUAAUGGAAUGGGAUAAUGUAAAAGUCAAAAUCUUUUAAGCUAUGCCGAAUUUGUCUAACUGUUUUAGAGGAGCUACAGUAAUUCGCUCCAAAGACGCUUGCAGACCUGCAAUCUUGCUUGUUUGGACUGCUUCGUCCUCGACAUAUAAUAAAACUGUAUAUAUUUUGUUAUUGUAUAAAAACUAAAUUAUUUACCCGCGUGUUGUAAAAAACUUUUCGGUCUUAUAAUAGGCAUGUAUUUUAUAGUAAGUUGAUAUUUUAUGCGGAAACGAGGUUCAAGUCAAGUGAAAAAUCGGUUCUUCACGAAAAAAAGUGAAAUCUCAUCCAGACGAAUCUUGUAAAACUUGUGUAUGCUUAAGAAUUAUAUGUAUAUUGUAAAAGAUCAUCACGAGAUAAAUGUAAGAAUGACGAAAAAAAAAUAAGCUCACAGGUGUUGUGCGAUUCAAUAUAAUGCAUUCGCGAUAUUUUUUUAUGCAUAUAAUGACGGUCGGGAGGGAAAAAGUUGGUAUUUUCAUGCGAGAUGUGAAAGAUAAUUAAAGAACAAACGCUCGGGCAAAUCUGCUCGGUGGCGAAAUGCAUGAAAAAAAUUGAGAUACAAAAGAAGGAUCGCAGAUAAAGUGCUUAGUAACGCGCUCGAAACCAAACUCGCAAUGAUUCGUGAUAUGUGUAAGAGUGGUGAGACGAUUAAGUUGUCGGUUGAAUUAGUAGUUCCUUAAUAUAUUGUAGGCAAAUUUGUAUAUUGAGAAUGAAUAAAAUAUAUAUUUAUCUGAA